CAAAAUUCCAAACUGAAUACUACCUUUAGCGUAUUAUUUUAAAAUUUCAGUGGCGCCCCUUAAGUUCUCCAAUUUUCCAAUUUGCACCCUUUCUUCUUCCCCCACAAUUCGCAAAACCCCCCAAUAAGCAAUAACCCCACCUUUUACUUGGCGUGAAAAACUGCAGAGCGUCGCAUAAUUAUCGAAAAUAUACAAAGGCUUCGUUCAGGUCCCAACUGGGGUUCCUUUGAUUUCACCAGCCUUAAGAACAAAUCCAAGGUAUACCGGCGAUUUAGGAAUCGACUUGAUUUGUGUGCAAAUGGGUUGGACAAAUAUGCUAUUUUUUUGGAAAAUGUUUCAGGUUCAACAAAACGAGGUCGAACUUGGUUGCCAGCACACAAUAAAGUCUCACGGAGGACGUGUGGCGAAGAGUCACAAGCACGAUUGGCUAAUAUUAAUAUUGCUUGUUGUUAUAGAGAUCAUUCUGAAUAUCAUGCACCCAUUUUACCGUUAUGUUGGGCGUGACAUGAUGACGGAUCUUAGAUAUCCCAUGAAAGAUAACACUGUGCCAGUAUGGGCAGUUCCUAUAUAUGCAAUUUUGUUGCCCAUUGCUAUAUUCGUCCUGUAUUACCUUAGAAGGCGAGAUGUUUACGAUCUCCAUCAUGCUAUCUUAGGGCUCUUGUUUGCUGUGCUCAUAACUGGAGUUCUAACAGAUUCAAUUAAAAAUGCCACUGGCAGACCACGACCCAACUUUUUCUGGCGUUGCUUUCCUGAUGGACGAGAUGCUUAUGAUACGUUAGGCAAUGUGAUAUGUCAUGGUAAAGAUAGUGAGGUAAGAGAAGGGCACAAGAGUUUUCCAAGUGGUCAUACUUCAUGGUCAUUUGCAGGUCUCGGUUUUCUAGCAUUGUACUUGUCAGGAAAAAUUAAAUGCUUCGAUAGGCGUGGGCAUGUGUCAAAAUUAUGCAUAAUAUUUUUUCCGAUCCUUGCUGCUUGCCUCGUUGGUAUAUCUCGUGUGGAUGACUAUUGGCAUCACUGGCAAGAUGUUUUUGCUGGUGGUCUUUUAGGUCUUACGGUAGCUACAUUUUGUUAUCUGCAGUUUUUCCCUCCUCCAUACCAUAUAGAAGGAUGGGGUCCGUAUGCCUAUUUUCGAGCAUUGGAAGAAUCUCGAUCUUUACCAGUUCAGUCGAGGAAUGGUAUUAGAAUAUGCAAGUUUAUUUCAUUUAUAAUCUCUAUUCUCUAUGCAACGAAAAUUAGA